AUGGUAUCCAAUGAUCCUUCCGGUUAUUAUAAGCUCCUGGGAGUAUCUCCCGGUGCAGAUGAAAGCACAAUUAAAAAGCAGUAUCGUAAGCUGGCCAUGAAAUAUCACCCUGAUAAGAGCCAGGGGGAUAAGGAAAAGGACGCGGAAAUGUUUAAAAAGAUUUCCCAGGCCUAUGAAGUGUUGUCAGAUAAGAAGAAGCGUUAUGAAUACGACAAUAGCGCCACUUUUAAUAAUAAUUUCGGCCACGGUGGGUUCGGACAAGAUUUUGGCUUCGACGAUGCUAUGAAGAUAUUUCAGUCGGUUUUUAGUUCAGGACCAUGGCAAUUUGGAAUCGAUCUUGGAAAUCCUAGAGAUUUUGUUUUUGCCGACGAUUUUGGGUGUUUUGAUGACAAUGGGCCAGAUUUUUUUUCAAGUUUUACUCCUUUGGUGGUUUCCGAAGGGUUUUCCCGGGGUGCAUUUAAGAAUUCGUCAUUUUCUAGCUUUUCAUCGAGCUCUGGGCACAGGGGAACGAGCUCAUCGACGUCGACAACCACCAGGAUCGUAAACAACAAGGUUUAUAAAAGAACUGAAACUGUAACAAAAAAUGCAGAUGGUACUGUUCAUAAGAAGGUAGUUGAGAUUGAAGACGACGGUCACGGCAACGUAUUAAGAAGAGAAUUUGAAGAUAAUGGAAAGAAAAGAUUAGAAUCAAAAAAGUCCAAGAGGAAAUAA